UUUAUCUUUUUGUUUUUGCAUAAACAAAAAGCAGCACCACUGAUUUUUCCAUCUAAUUUUCUUUCUGAUUCCCAAAAUUUUGCUCAUUUCUUUGAGAUUGGGAUUCGAACGUCUCUAUUCUACAUUUUUUACGAUAAUUUCAAGUUUUAGGGUUACGAUUUUUCUUCUGUGUUGUUAAAUUUUGAGAGAUUUGCAAUGGUUAACUCUGGAAAGCAAGAAUUUGGUGACGAUCGAUCUGAACGAUCCAACGGCGAGGAUUUCGAGGAUUCAUCGUCGGUUUCUGGCGGCUUUCAGACCUCUAGGGUUGGAUCUGGUACCCUUUCGCAAGGAAGGAGCGAGACUGGCUUGACGGAGCUUAUAGUAGAAGAUGGAGAUCGCUUGUUUCAACGGAGCGAUUGUGGAGAUAGGGUUUUGCAGUGGUUACAGGCCUUGGAUAUGCAGUUCAUGGGGGCUUGUAGAGCUGAUGAGAGGUUGAAGCCGUGGUUGAAGCUGAAUGCUUCUGGUGGUAUGGCCGAAGAUCGCCUUUUGGCCCAUCUGAAUCAGCACUUCGAGCCAUCAGAAGUUGGCAUACUUGCUAGAUGUUUCUGUAUUCCUCUGGUUUCAAUUCGUGUUGGCAAGAUAAACAAGCGAGGGACCCUACUUUGUCCAACUGCCUCAAGGGGAAUUUUAAAUGUUUCAAUGUUACCAACAUCUGAUUUGCGCCUCUCGUUCAUUGGAGAUGAUGUUACUACAGAGAGACUAUUCACUGUAAGCAGUAAAGCAGAGAGUCCAGCAGUAACAGUUCACACGAUCUUAGCAGACAGCUCUGGGCGAUCUUUCCAUAUAAAUAUAGCAGAUGCUAGAGAUUAUUUCUUCUGGAGCUCAGAGAAAUCAAAGCUCUUGGGAAUUGAAUUGAUUGCCAAAAUGAAGGAUAUACUGAAGAGGAGACCAUCUAUAGCAGAAUUAACUGGAAUUAGUGAGUCGCGACUUGAUUGCUUUGCAAUUCACCUCCGCUCCUAUGUUCUAGGAAGUAACACCCAAGAAAGUGUAGCAAGCAUCCCUGCCUCUUCCACAGGCACCAGUCUUGACCACCCUGAUGGGACAUCUAUAUCAUCUAAGCCUCUGCGUUCCCGACAUAUUGGCAGUCAGGCUACAAAAGCAAAUUCAGCUUAUCAAGGAAGCCUCAGUCCAAGAUCAAGUUCUUUUAAAGAGGGCCUGCCCCGAAGUUUGUGGUCUUUAAAAACUGCUGCUGCUAGGGAAAAGUUAAAACGUCGUGGGGAUAGCCAUCUCUCAGCAGUGGAUAAGCUGAUGAUCUCAUUGCCAUGUGAAGAUGCAUCAAGCUCUAUUCAGUCUGGAAGUGAAGAACUGCCUGUGAGUAAGAGUUGUCCUAUGGCGCCAUCAAGUUUUCUUGAAUCACUAGGGAAACUGUCCAUCUCCCCAACUCUGAAUUCAGCGUCCUAUGUGACUUCCUCAGGUCCACCUCUUGUCUCUCCUUAUUAUUGUUGGUGCCCCCAAGGUGUGUCAACUAUGCAGUAUCCUCCUGCAUCUCCACAACUCACUACUUCAUCAAUUGAAUCCCCCUUGCUUCCACCACUUUCUUCAUUAUUGUCAGCUGCCAGGUCUUCCAGUAAGUUAACUCCAACACCAUCUCUGAGUUUGGCUGAUGUUCCUUCAUUAGAUUUUCCUGCUUUGCUGCCAGACCCUUUGGUUAGAUUGCCAAUGCUUGGUUCUCAGCAGAUCCCAACCUUCACCCCUUUGAUGUGUGACCCAAUUGUGCAUAUUCCAGUAAUUGAUUUUUGCUCAUCGGGUCAAGGUUACCUGGUGAGUGCUGGUCCUGCAAUUUCAAGCACUAUCCCUCCUUUGCACCCAAAACUCGUCAAUCCAUUGAUUCCUGAACCUGAAUCCAUAGUAGAAAAGGGUGCGAGAGAGACUCUUCGUCUACUCAUUAGCAGUUCAACCCAAGGUGGCCCGCAGUUGAUGGAUGUGUUGCCUGUGGUAUUGACCAAUAGCGGUGGGGAACAUGUUACUGGAAGCCGGGGACUAUACAGCGGAUCAAGUGAUGUGAAUACAAUUGCAAACAGCAUGGCCACCAUUGGGUUGGUUUCUGUGUCUGAGAGCAUUGUAAGUGGUGGUGAGAUAGAGGUACGUAGUUGUUGGGAUGGGUCAUGCUCUGAAUUUGAUUCUGAUUCUGAUGAUGAUAAUACACGUCAUCUAACUACAAAAGAAGGCAAGAGUUGAUGCAGUAAUUAAUUGGAUAUUCCAUUUGCUUUGUAGAUUUCUCUUGGUUUAUAAAAAUGUAGAUAUGAUAUGUAGCUUCAGCCGCAUGCCUUUUGAUAUGUAAUUAGCAAUUCCUGCCAUUAUUUGGCAUUUGUUAACCUCCUUUUCGUCCAGUUUGAUAGAAAUGAAAUUUGUAAUGUGUUUUCGGCUUCGUAACAGGUAUAAUAUUUGCUCA